AUGGAGGUCUUGACUGGAGCAUCAGGAGUUGAGGUGACCCCUCACCACCUCACAUUCCUUCUCUGGUCCCCUAGGUUUCUCCUGGCCACCUGUCUGGUGGCUGUGCUGCUGCAGGAGGCAGGGGCAAUUCCAGCACUCCAGGUCCCUGUCAAGACCAAAGGCAAACAUGUGAUCCUUGAGCAGGAAACAGAGAAGGUCCUGGGUGCCAAAGCUGUGGAGCCCCCGGAGAAGGACCUCCAGCUUGGGGCACUGCUGCCUGUGCCCAAGCAGAAGCUUGCAGCUGCUGAGGAAAAGCGUUCAGACGCCAGGAGCUGGGUGGAGACUGAAGACAUCCUGAGCCGUUUUCGGAACCCUCAUUACGGUCCGGAACUAGAUCUUGACAGCAUCCACCAUCCGAUGUAUGAGGAGGUCCAAGAUGAGGAAGUACCCCAGCCAUGGCCCCUGAUGUAUCGUCAGGUGCUCCAGGGGCCAGAGGAGGACCUUGACCACAUCUUCCACUCUCUGGAGGACUCCGAAUAGCCCUAACCACUCGCCCACUCCUGUUCUGAGGCCCAGACUGUUGUGACCACUGACUCUCUCCAGCUAGCAAAAAUA